AACAUUUUUUCGCUAUUCAAAAUGGCACCGUCUCAAUCAGGAAGUGGAGAAAACAACUCAGAAGAAUAAGUUGGAUACGAUUCCCGUCCGCCGUUUGUUUGACGCGAGUCUUCGAUCGAAAGCCGGGCCGCGCGGUCCUGCUUCGGAAUUUCGAGUCGAGUAACGCGUUCACGGUCAUGGAGAGCAUUCACCCUUGUUAGAAGUACUACCUAGGACAAAGCCAGCACGUGAGUGGUGGUCAGAGGGUGCUUAGCUUAAGUCAGCUGGUGGUCAUGUGUGAAACUGUGGUCUGAUGCCCACCCUCCCCUCAGCGCUGGCCAUGGACGGGGAGAACUACCUGCAUCCAGAAGGCCCUCAGCUGGACAGCAGCUUGUUCUCUGUGGCCUCCUCUAACAUGGAGAGUUCAAUAUAUGCGUCCUCUGGAUCCUGGGGAUCCUUUUCUCAGCAGGCUGGAUACAGCAUACACUGCCCUAUGCAAUCUGGAAACCAGCAAUACCACUUUAACAGCAGCACUACCACCACCACUCCGGAUACGCACAUGGACGUGUACUCGGGAUUCCCUGACGUGGACUUUUCCAGCCUCAACCUUCCUAGAAAUGGAGAUUUCCCUCAGGACCUGUCCUGCAUUGAUGACCUCUCCACAAACUCUUUGUUCUCCUCUCCGGCUGACUCACUGUCGGAGUAUGCUGAUGCCCAGUCCUUCAUCAGCACGGAUAACCUGGACACAGUGCCCACCCUCUGGGACGUCAACACUAGUACCACCACCACACCAGCACAGAGCCAGCUAGAGCAGAAUGGCACCAGCAGGUUUCAUGGCUUGGCCAGUUUGGAUGAUAUAACUGCUAUUAUCAGCACCCCACCUUUAGGAGGAUUCCAGGCUCCGAGAACCCAGACUCAACCGGAGGAAGAAGAGGAUGCCGAGGAAGAGGAGACGGAGGAACUGGGACACGUAGACACUUACGCGGAGUACAAACCUUCUAAAUCCACCAUAGGAAUCUCUCAUCCUGACAUAGUGGUGGAGACCAACACACUAUCCAGUGUCCCUCCUCCUGACAUCACAUACACUCUGUCUAUCCCUCAGUCAACUAUUAACAGCGGCUCGCUGUCCGCUCUGCAGCUAGAGGCCAUCAUCUACGCCUGCCAGCAACACGAGGUGAUCCUUCAGAACAACCAGAGAGCAGGCUUCCUGAUUGGCGAUGGGGCAGGGGUCGGAAAGGGACGCACUGUGGCAGGAAUCAUCCUGGAGAAUUAUCUUAAGGGAAGAAAGAAAGCACUGUGGUUCAGCAUAUCCAAUGAUCUGAAAUUUGAUGCAGAGAGAGAUCUCAAAGACAUAGAUGCACCGAAUAUUCCUGUGCAUGCCUUAAACAAGAUUAAGUAUGGAGACACAGCUACCUCAGAAGGAGUCCUGUUCGCAACGUACUCUGCGCUGAUUGGAGAGAGCCAGGCAGGGGGGCAGCGGCGGACAAGAAUUAAACAGAUCCUGGACUGGUUCAAGCCAGACUUCGAUGGAGUUAUUAUUUUUGAUGAAUGCCACAAAGCCAAGAAUGCCACAUCUACAAAGAUGGGCAAGGCAGUGCUCGACCUGCAAAACAAGCUGCCACGGGCCAGAGUGGUGUACGCCAGUGCCACAGGUGCUUCUGAGCCAAAGAACAUGAUCUAUAUGAGCCGCCUGGGAAUCUGGGGUGAGGGUACGCCCUUCAGAACAUUUGAAGACUUCCUGCACACCAUCGAGAAGAGAGGUGUCGGUGCCAUGGAGAUUGUUGCCAUGGACAUGAAAGUGAGCGGGAUGUACAUUGCCAGGCAGCUGAGCUUCUCAGGGGUAUCUUUCCAUGUCGAAGAGAUCGGACUGGACACUGACUUUAAACUGGUCUAUAACAAGGCUGCCAAACUGUGGGCUGAGGCGUUGCAAGUGUUCAUGCGUGCAGCUGAUGAGCUGGGCCUGGUCAGCAGGAAGUCUCUGUGGGGACAGUUCUGGUCGUCUCACCAACGCUUCUUCAAAUACCUCUGUAUCGCUGCCAAGGUCCGCUGCCUUGUGGAGCUGGCCCAGAAGGAGCUGCAGGCCGGAAAGUGCAUCGUUGUCGGCCUCCAGUCCACUGGAGAAUCCCGCACCAGAGAAGUCCUGGAUGAGAACGAUGGGCAUCUGGACAGAUUUGUCUCUGCAGCAGAGGGAGUAUUCCAGUCUCUUGUCACAAAACAUUUCCCUUCGGAGAAACAGAGGAGAGAGAAGGCACCGGGGAAUAAGAGGAAACGGAAGCCCAGAGGUCGCCAGCCCAAGGUACCCAAGCACACCGUGGACAGCGGCGGCGUGAUCAACAUCACCGAUGACAGCAGCAGUGACUCCGACGGCAUGGACACAGACUCCAACUCCUCACCCGACUCCCUGCUGGACAAUGAUGACGUCAUCUUCGUGAACCACACUAGCUGCCAGACAGCGAGGAUAGAGGAGAUGAAGCAUUGCCUCCUCAACAAAAUAUCAGAGCUGGGAAAAGUACUACCUCUCAACACCUUGGAUGAGCUCAUUGACAAGUUUGGUGGACCAGAUAAAGUCUCAGAGAUGACUGGUCGUAAGGGUCGUGUGGUUCGUCGUCCUGAUGGCAGCGUCCGUUACGAGUCACGGGCUGAGCAGGGUCUUACGAUCGACCACAUAAACCUCAAGGAAAAAGACCGCUUCAUGGGCGGAGAGAAGUUGGUGGCCAUCAUCUCGGAGGCAGCCAGCUCUGGGAUUUCCCUGCAGGCAGACAAGCGAAUAAAGAACCAGAAGCGCAGGGUCCACAUGACCCUGGAGCUGCCGUGGAGUGCAGACAGGGCUAUUCAGCAAUUUGGUCGCACCCAUCGGUCCAAUCAGGUGACGGCCCCAGAGUACAUCUUCCUCAUCUCAGAGCUGGCUGGAGAGAGACGUUUUGCCUCCAUUGUGGCAAAAAGACUAGAGAGCCUGGGGGCAUUAACACAUGGAGACAGAAGAGCCACCGAAUCCAGAGACCUGAGCAAGUACAAUUUUGAAAACAAGUAUGGUACCAAGGCUUUGGAUAAGAUCACCAAAGCAAUCCUUGGCCACAUAGAGAACAAGGUGCCCCCUCCCAAAGGCUACCCAGGGGGCGAAGCCAUCUUCUUCAGAGACAUGAAAUUCGGAAUGAUGGAUGUGGGGAUAUUUUGUAAGGAGCCUCGCUUUGGGAUCAGUACUGAGAAAGACUGCAGCAUCACCAAGUUCCUGAAUCGUAUCCUCGGCCUGGAGGUCCACAAGCAGAAUUAUCUCUUCCAGUACUUCACUGAUAACUUUGACUACCUAAUCGAGAAGGACAAGAAGGAGGGCAAAUACGACAUGGGAAUCCUAGACCUCGCCCCAGGUAACGAUGAGAUCUAUGAGGAGAAGCAGGAAUCUUUCCUGACAGUCGGAAACCCUCAGGAUGGACAGGUUGUUCUCUACAAGAUCAGCGUGGACAGAGGAAUGCCCUGGGAUGAGGCCUACCACAGGUCACUGAAGCUCAGUGGUCCUGAUGAGGGAUUCUACCUGUCCCAAAAGCUGCGCGGGAACCACCCAUGUGUGCUGCUGGCUGAGCAAGGAAGAGGCAAGAACUUCAUCGUCUUCAAGCCCAACAUCGGAAAGCAGACCCACCCUGAGAGCCUGGACAACCUGCACCAACGUUACCGGAAGGUGACUCCCGAGGAGGCCAGAGACAGCUGGGAGAACCAGUUCACCUUCUCCUUCAAGAAGUGUAGCCAUGCCAACUGGAAUGGGAAGUGUAAGAAAAUUGAAGAAGGCAACGAGUGUCUGCAGGGCAUGCGCCUGCGUCAGUACCACAUGUUGUGUGGUGCACUACUGCGCGUGUGGAAGCGUGUGUCCGACGUCGUGUCUGACAUCAACAACACCAGCAUCCUGCAGAUCGUCCGCCUCAGAACGAAGCAGCACAACAAGCAAGUUGGUAUCAAGAUCCCAGAGAACUGCGUGGCCCGUGUGCGCGAGGAGCUGUUGCUAAUGGACGAGGAGGUGAAGAGGAGGCGAAAGGAGAAGGAGCAGCAGGCCGUGGAGCAGCGGCUGGCUGAGGAGCGCAUGCGUAAGAUGGAGCAGGAGAACAAGCAUCUCCUGGCAAAUCUGUUCAACCAGAAACCCAUGCUUAACCAGUCCCUCGCUCAGUCUCUCACCCAGAACCAGAUCCUCAAACUGAAACUGAACCAAAACGCUCUAUCGAGGACACAAAGUGGGAGCUUCUCUCAGCUACAGGGAAUGCCAGGCCAGACCCAUUCUCCCUUACAUCCAUCCUCCCAGAACUUAACCAUGUUGUCCUUACAGAGAAACCCCAGCCAAACCCAGCAACGGACCCACAACAGCUGGCCCAACAAUUCCUCAACCACCACCAACCAGGGCCCUCUGCCCAACACAGUCAGCCUCAGCUCCAAUUUCUCCCAGUUUUACCCCCAGUCGUACGGUUCCUCUUUUCCACAGCUGAAGAACACGUCUCUUCCACUCCACCAGUCCACGCUGUCCCCCAGCUUGUCUUCCAAGGAUCCCCUGAAUGAGAUCUUGGACCUGACUGUCAGCUCACCGUCCCCCUCCCCAGACAGCACGGAGGGUGGGCUGAGGCUGGACACGCUGGCAGGAAAUGCAGUGGCAUUCGGAGAUGACUUCAAUCUGGAGUCUCUGAUUUCCCAGAGUGCUUCUAAUGCCCAGCACGCUGCUCAAAUACAGCAGCCUCUUUUGCUACAACAGCAGCACCAGCAGCAGCAGCAGCAUCAACAUCUGCAGGCCACACAGCAGCAGAAUCACAACCUGCUGGCCAAUAACCACCAUCAAAACAUAUUAGAUUUAUUUGACUUGCCCCUGUCUCCCCACAUGCCCACACAGAAGGUCAGCCCUUCAUCCUCCGCUUCCUCCUGCUCUUCCUCCACGUCCUCUGCCUCGUCUGUCACAAACAACCUGGCUCCUCACGUCUCCUCCAGCCUCCCGCCCGCUUCCACUCUCCUCCCAACGUCCUCCUCCUCUUCUCUCUUCAGCCCGCCCUCCUCCUCCUCCUCAUCUCUGUUUCCCAACUCUUCCCCCUGCUUCCCUUCCCCCUUUCUCCUCCCCCAGUCGGACUCUCUGUCCUUACCCAACGGCCAUUGCAAUUCCGGCACACUCGACGUUCGCGAGGCACUGAACAGCAUGCUACAGGCCGGAGCGGACCGCAAGUCUGUCAUUAAGUACCUGCAACAAGACUGAGAGCGUAGAAAUGGCAACAGCUCGGACUCUGUUGUUCUUUAAGUCAUUUUCUUUGUUUGUCUCUUAAAGCAGAUUGCAUCUUGUUUGCUGCUGUUGAUGAUCGCAACCUCGGACCUAUUCCCUCUCCCCUCAGGGCCUAUAGUCACGUCACUGCCUGUCCUGCGCUUUGCUCACCCUUCUCUUUACCCACCUGUCGCAUUCACCUGCUCCAGGCUGUCGAGGUGAUGGCGGGCUCGAUCAACACCAGAUUUCUACACCAAAGUGUGUCCUCCACAGUGAAAGGCAGCUGUUAAAAUAAAAGUGGAAAAAACAACAACAUGUGAUAACUGUAUUUUAUUGAACAUACGAGCUGUCCAAACAAAGGCUCAUUCAUUGAGGUGUAGAAAUCUUAAACAAACCUCCCGCUGCUUAAUUUUUACGAGGUAUGAUCAGUGAAGUUGCUGGAAGCUCUGAAUGCCUUUCGACAGUGAACACAACAUCUUUAGACUUUGCUUUACUGUUACUUUGCUUCACGGCCGUCUGUCUUGGCUCAAUCGAGGCUGUAUGCAGGGCUUGGUUUGAGUGACAACAAAAGUCAGUGUUGAACUGGAAGAAAAGACUUCAAAUCUGUUAGCUGAUUAGCCAUGAAAUGCCUCAGUUCUCAUCCUUUCUUCUACAAGCUCCCUUUUGUUUCUCUCUUUGCUUGUAUGAACACUAGUGUGAGGGAAAAGGGGGAGGAAGAGCAGUCUGCUGUUGCAAACAGUGCCUUUAGAGAAAUCUAUAAAUGCAGUCUAAAAUCCAUGUAGCCUAAUGUAUAGAUUUGUAUUUUUGAGCGUUGGUUUUAAUUUUUAUUUAAUAUGGUGUAUUUCUAUUUAAAUAUUAGCCCCCUUAGUCAUUCAUUUAUCAUUUGUGUUACACUAUGCUGGUGGUGGGUUUCAGGAAGAAGCCUCCGCUGAGCCUGUAUGUGCUUGUUUGAUAGUCUGUGGAGCUGUGACUGUGCUGGGAGCUCAGUGUGGCACAAAAUGUUGAGCAGCAUGGAUAAAAAUUGUGUCCAAAUUUUUUUAUCACCCUUCUUUUUGUUUUUAAGCUGACAGUAACAUUUAGUGAUAUGACUCCUGGUUUGAUUUGACUUUGAAUUUCUCAGGAAAGUCUCAAGUGUUUAGUUGGGCUGAUUCGUGUGUCAUUUUGCAAAGAGGAUGGAAAAUGUAUAGUCUUUAAUUACAGUGGAGGACAAAGAAUUUAUUCUCUCGGGGUUUGAAAAGAAAACAGAAGCUUUCACUUUGACAGUAGCAGCAAGUGCGGUUAUGUUUUCUCAAACACUGGGUUCGAGAGGAGCUCAAAUUAUAACAAAUAAGUGAAUAAAUAUCUUUCCAUUUCAGGCAUUAAGGCUAUAACAACAUUUGACACGUGUAGACUUGUAAUGUGCACUGUCCGUGAUAGUACACGUUUUAAAGACCUGUGAGAUCUGGCCGUCUAUUAGUAGAAUCUAUGUACUGUUCAUGACAAAAUGGUGGGAAACGUUCAAGAGAUCAAAAAGCAAUAAAACCAUAUUCUACAUUUGUGAUGAAACAGAAAUGCCUAAGUACUGUUAAGGCUCAACAGGCAAAGCUUUAUUGCUACGUUUGCAUGACAUGAAUCUUCUUAUUUCUGUUGUGCUUCAAAGUCUUUUAGUUAAUCAGAUUCUGAAAUGCAUACAACCUUUGUAUAGUAAAGUUUUCACGGGAUGAGCGCAAUGUGCUCUUGAUGUUUUAGUCCUCGUUAUUAUUAAAGUUAUUGUUAUUUAUAUUUAAGGGAAAUUUAGAUUUUAGAUAUGUUAUCCUGCUUAUUAGAAUAGUGAACAAAAAUGUUUGGUCAGGGACGUUUGUAGUUGUCACGAUUGCUAUAAAACAAAUUCUAUUAUAACCUGCCACCAAAUAAGAUUGCACUGUUCUGUACUGCUGUACAGUGUCUGGAUUUAUUUCUGCUCAUUUCAGUUUUGCUUUUAUUUUCCUCUCCCUCAAGUACAACUGUUUCUCCAACUUGUAGACCGUAGUCAGGCCUCGAGUUCGCAGAGAGAUACCAAAGUAUUCCACAAGACACCCCUAAAGUUACUGGCUCGAAGAUAUCAGACCUUUUAUCAAUCUCAGGAAGAAACCUAUAAGAGGUGUGACGGCGGGGCGUCAGCAGAAAUAUAUAAUUUCCCCUCAAACCAGUGGUGAAACUUACCAAUACAUGUUGUUUUUUUCUUACCUUUCGUGCUGUGACUCUUGCUGUAUUUAUGUUUUAGACUUAAAUGUGAUGGGUUUGUCGUUUGUCCUCGUGAAGAUGUUCAGUGAUUCUAAAUGAUUAUGCCUUCUUAGGGCAAAGAUCAAAGACUGUUUCUUUUUCAGGAACAGGAUUUUUCUUGCAGACGUUUUUUUAUUUUUCGUUUGUGUUGCAGUUUCCGGACAGUUAAUUCCUGCUCAGAUCGGAUGGAGUUUGGAGUCGAUGUGCACCCAGGUUAUACUGACAUGUGCAAAUGAUCGAAGCCUUUGCUCCUCCCUCAGUGUGACAGGUGUAGGGUUAGAGUGACUCCCUCACAGUAUCACGUAUCCAUGCUAUUGUUUUUUUUUGUUUUUUCAUGUUUUCUUCGUACCCUCAUUAAUUUUGUUUUUAAUUUUCCUCACCAUACACAUUCCGAUACAUCAGUCUGCAAAAGAUUUGCCUUCAAUUCUGUGUGUAAUAGUCACACAAAUAAAGCUUUACGCAUUUUGAGGGAUAUGGACCGCAUUUUUUAUUAAGGCUUUUUAAAAAAAACAAAAAACAUUUUUUCAUUGUAGUUAGGCCUUUUAUAAUUGAAUUAUCUUUUUUUUGCACUAAGAAUGGCAUAAUCAAGUUACUGUUCUCUGGUUUGUUAUGAUUGAGCGUUGCAAGCUUGUUGUGUUUCUUAUCUUCGAUGGAUUGCUCGAUGUAUACUGUAACCAUCUCCCCCGUUUCUCCACUGUUUGCAUAUUAUAUAAAUGUUAUUACUCUCAAAUAAUUUAUUGCUAACAAAAAAUGAAACAAAAAACAUGCUACUGAUUGUAUGUAUUUUUAAACAAAGCCUAUUUUUUCUGUACAAAAAGAAACUGUGUUCAGCACUUUUAUUCUGGGUUGUGCUUUUUUUUUCUAUAUAUUUAUAAUUUAGAUCCAAAUGUAUAUAUUGUAAAAUUUGUGCCUUUCGACUAAUUCUUUAAAAAGGUUUUCUACUCAUUAAAGGAAGGACUAUAUGAAAUUGCAAUCUUAACUUUGUAAACAAAUAAAAACUUGAAGAUUGCUGAAA